GGAGAGGGCAAAGUUAUCGCAAUUUUCUGCGAGCAUUCUCACAAAUGGUGAAUUUUAUCAACGUCUCAUAUAAGCAGUUGCAGAUUUAGUAUGAUAAAUUACACACUUACGAACGAUAAAUUCCGAAUUUUCUUUUUGAUCCACUGCAGUGCAGGAAAUAUUCACGGGAUCUCAGAGCCAGAGGGAAUUAUUUUGAUGAUGGACAAAAUGGCGUCAGCCAGCAAGCAUGUACGUUUGCACAAUUUGGCAAAGAAGGAAGAUCCUGGGUCUGCUCCGUAUGGAAAUUUUAUCAAUUAUUACACAUUUAAUCCACCAGAGAAUCGUCUCAGUUUAAUACCGACCACGCUUCUUAAAGACAUCGGAUGCCACCCUGACAGCAGUGGAACUGUUCUGAUGCUGGACGUUGGUUGCAACACAGGGGACUUAUCUAUUGCACUGUAUAAACAUUUAUUUCAGGAGUGGCGAUCUGAAAGUAAUUCUUCCAAUUACGUUUACCUGCUUGGAUUGGACCUAGACCAAGACUUAAUCUUACGAGCCCAAGACUCAAACCCAUUCCCCCAAAAAAUUCAGUUCCUUUCCCUUGAUAUCACCCAGCUGGACAGCCAAGCGAAGCUGAUUUCGUAUUUGGAGAAGUUUGGGCGGCGUCACUUCCAUUUAUGUACGUGUUUUGCAGUAACAAUGUGGGUUCACCUGAACCAUGGCGACACUGCCUUCUUCGCUCUUCUUUCGCAACUCGCCUCGCUAUGUGAGUACUUGUUGCUGGAGGUGCAGCCUUGGAAAUGCUACCGUUCGGCCGCUCGUCGACUACGUAAACUAGGACGCAACGACUUCGACCACUUCAAAAUGCUCGCGGUCCGUGGGGACAUGGCAGCCCAUGCUAAAGAACACUUGGAGAAGUGGUGCAGCAUGGAGCUAGCACAGAGUUUCGGUAGCACCUCCUGGGACCGUAGCCUCAUGCUCUUCAAGAGACGAUGACAGAGCAGAAGAAGCGUGCGCUGGCCUCCUUUAUUUUUUCUUUUGGUAGGGGAGGGGAGAGUGGAAUUAAAGUGGGUUGUAGAAGUUUACAUACUGAAUAAUUGUAAUAGUAAAAUGUCAGGAGGAGCAAUUAACACGACAGUAAGACAUGUUGCUGUACCGCGUUUACUAUGGAGCAACUUCAGAAUGAAUGAAGUGUAGUGCAGGUUUAAAGGAUAAAUAAGUCAUUUUUACUAUCAAAAUAGUGAAUAGUAUUUAAGAAAGUGAUUAUUAUUUUUAGAUUUUUUCUAUAAAGUGCAACUCACAUGAGAUGAAGAAUCAAAAUGCUUUGUAGUCCUCAAAUCAACCACUUUAUGUUCCAUAGAGCAGGUCCCACACAUGGAGAUAAACAGAAUUUCUUGAAUAUCUAGACCACUGGGUGUCAGUAUAAUGCAUGUUUCAUAAUAUGAAGAAGAUUCAUUGGAAAAGUUAGUUAUUUCUCCUUUAAAGUGCCAAUAUAUUAAAUGACACAAGUGCAUAUAAAAGCAGCUGUUCUCUAGCUAGUUUAUAAAACCCACUCACCACUCUGAAGGGGACCCUUGAGGCAACACGAGAUAUUUUCUAGCACUUCAUCAGGUUCUGACAAUAACACUGGCAUGGUGGGAGGGUCAGCACUGUAUGUUACUUGUCGUCAUGCUGUAUUUGUAUGUUAAUGUUUUAUGCUCUAGUUUACAUGGAACAGAGAGACAGACCAGCACCUUCCAGUACAGCAAAGAUGACAGCUGAUGUGGAGGUGAGCCAGAAAGGCCAAAUACUGACAUUAAAGACAGCACAGCAACCUCACAGUGGUCUUGUCUGUAUAUAAUGUGUUAUUUCAACUACAACUAAUAUCAAAAGCUUUUUAAAAAGAUGGAUUUGUAAUGUGCAUAAUGGAGGAGUAAUAAAUCUAUAGAUAUUGUUAAAUUAGGAAGAUUAAUUAAUGAUUUUCAGAUAACAUUUCACUUAAGCAAACAUCUUUAUUAUAUUUUCUGGGAUUAACUGGACCAUCACAUUGGAAGGGGGGAAAAUGUUGCUGUGUGUGUGUGUGUGUGUGUG